UCUUUCCUAAAAGCUUACACAUCCCGAAUGUGUAAGAUAUGAUGUCCUUGGACUCUGCUCAAUAUAGAUUUACAUUGCAGUUUUAUCUCUACCAAUUGCUGCUGCUUUAUUGUGACUGUUGACUUGGGUCACCCGAAUGAAUUUUAAGGCUGCCUGAGCGCAUUGUUUCCAGCUUCGUUGCAUGGGAUUUCCAGACUUGUCGGGUGUCACGAUGUCUGCAAUAUUUCGCUCUUUGUCUCUGGUGCUGCUCAGUUUGCUGACGGCCGGCGCCCAGACAGAAAUGAAAAGGGUCGUGGGAGACAACGCCACCCUGCCGUGUCACCAUCAGUUCUGGCAGUCCAACCCGCAGUCGCUCGACAUUGAGUGGAUACUGCAGAAGCCCAACUCCAAGCAGAGAGUGAUCAUCACGUUCUUUGGAGGUCAGGUGUACACCAACGAGAUGAUGGGCGACGCCAGCCGUCUGGCCUUUGCAGGGGACUACCUGAACGGGGAUGCCUCCCUGCUCAUUGGUGACCUGCUGUUGACCGACUCUGGGGAGUACCACUGUAAGGUCAAGACAGGGGGCAAGUACCACUGGGGCCAGGUCAACCUCAUAGUGCUGGUCAAGCCUUCCAAACCCCGAUGCUGGAUGGACGGGAAACUGCUGGAGGGCAGCGACGUCAAGCUGAGCUGCAAGUCCAGCGACGGCUCCGACCCCAUCAGCUACAAGUGGGAGAGGGUCCUGGACAAGGGCAAGAGUGUUGGAAAACUCCCCCCUCUGGCACUGAUAGACCUGAAGAACCCCGAGAUCGUCACCCUGAGGAACCUGACCAAGGACAGCGCAGGUGUCUACAAGUGCACCGCCAGUAAUGAUGUCGGCGAGGAGAACUGCAUCAUCGAAGUCACCAUGCAGUAUGUGAGGGGGAUGGGCGUGAUGGCGGGGGCUGUGGUGGGAGUAUCCUUCGGCGUCCUCAUCAUCAUCUUGAUCAUCUGGCUCGUGUUCCGUAAGAAGGAGAAGAAGAAGUAUGAGGAGGAGGAGACUCCUAACGAGAUCAGGGAAGAUGCCGAGGCUCCCAAGGCCAAGCUGGUGAAGCCCAACUCCCUCUCCUCGUCCCGCUCUGGCAGCUCCCGCUCCGGCGCCUCGUCCACGCAGUCCAUGGUCCACAACAGCGUCCCCCGGGGCCCCCGGGGCCCCCGCCCUCCGCCCGUGGCCACCCUCAAGGAGAACGGACAGCCCCCCGGCUUCCCCCAGUCUCCCCCGGCCUACAACUCUGUGGUGCCGCCCAAAACCCCGGAGCCCCCCAUCACUCCCAAAUUCAACUCCAGGAACCUCACAAGUAGCACGCCCCCCACCCUCAUGGUCCCCGCCCAGACCAAAGCCUUUCAAACUGUGUAGGACGGCAGAGAGGACCCCCCCCCCUCCCCACUUCCUGCUAGAACGCGUAAGACCCCUGCGUCCCAUCCGACCUCCUGUACCCUCUCCCUCGAUCUUCCCUUCGAAGACGCACACUAUUCCAUAAACCAAGAAAUGCAACAAGUAAAAAGGAUGUAAUUAAAAGAGUCAACAAUAGAACCACCCCCCCCCCCCAAAGAAAAAAAACUUUCAAUGAAUGCAUACUUAACAAGGGAACAUAAGACAUGCUUGCCCCCUACUGAAUUCAAGAAAACAACAAAACGAAAGGAGACCCCAGACGGAACAGUUUCUUCUGUUCGGGUCUCUCGGCCACAGGCAGAAAAAACUUCUUUUUGAGCUUUAUUUCUUUAAACUUUUCGGAAUGCACAAGGACGCAUUGUGUGUGGUGAGGUGGAAGAAUCCCGAGUGGAGCUUUUUAUUUAUUUAUGGAAUCAAAGGGACAGGCGUACAGAGGAAGAAGGGAAUAAAAGAAAACCGGAUAAAUGAAUGGAUGGGUGAAUAAAGACAAGAUAUCCAAAAGUCAGAGCUGGUUGCCGAUGGAGAUGUCCUGCUGGCAAGCCCUUGUUGAUGCGGAAGGGAGGGUUUGAGGGAGGACGGCACCUUUUAUUUUGGGCCAAUGAUGUCUCUGACUGAUGUAACCACACCACUUCCUGCUUGCAGCUUUGAACAACUGCUUGAAACCACAAAGUCCAUAUCCCCUUCAGACAGUGGGUGAACUGUGGACACACAUGUUACAUCAUCCCCCAAAAUGCUCUCUGAUGCAUUAAGUACUUCAUCACGACAUUCUCGACAAAAUCCCGGACUCUGCUUCUCUUGAAUGGAGAAAUGUAUGUUAUAAGAAAUGUAAUUGUUUUAUCUCCGUCACACCACUAUGGAUAUGUGUUCCGGAAAACCUGCCCAAAUGAAUAAAUUGUAUGUUUAGCUUUAGUUAGUAAGAUUGGUAGGGAUAAAUGACUAUGAAUAUAUUGUACCUAGGAUAAGACUAUUUGCAAGUCAUGAUUCUUUUUUUCUUUUGUCUGUUUCCUUAGAAUUGUGUCUGUUUUAUUUUCAUUUCUGUCUAUCCUGUUAAGUCUCAAAAGGUUGUUAAAGGUAAGAGACUCAGUCUGUUUCUACCCAAAGAAGUGCCACCAAUCCCAACCAUGAGCCAGUGUUUCUUUUCUUCUUCAUUUACCUUUUACUAUCUUUUUAUGAAACCAAAAUCUGUCACAAACCACCAUGAAUGUGUGUUGAACAAAGAUGGUCGGUAGAAUGAUUUUUCUCGCUUCCUAGGGUAUUUAAUGGAUAUCCAGUAUAGGCAUGAAUUACCUUGAAAUGGUAACCUAACAAUACUGUCGAUGAUUGAAUGGUGAAGAAAUAGAGGGUUCUAAUUGUAUAGCAUGUAUAGUAUGGUAUCACCCAAAGUACUUCCUUAGGACCCAUAACAAUAGUAUGGCACCACAUUGCUGUUUCAUUGGUGGAAGUCUCUUGCUCUUCAUUGGUCAGGCUGUGACGUCCGCGAUGCUCCCUAUCGGUAGCUCCAUCUCAGUGGAAAACUGUGCAGUUUGAAUGGACGUAAUGAAAAGGACAAGUAGCCUAUUUAGUGUGCCUUUGCAAUCCCUAUCCCCGUUGAUGCUUUGGUAUUCUGUCCUUGUCGUCGACACACAAGUUGCUGUUCUUCAUUUAGUGUUUGAAAAGACAGUAAAUCACAGCGGCUUAUACGCUGAGAGCUCCAACGUCACAUAGCUAACCCAACGAUAUCAUACGCAACCUUGUCACAGUGCAGACUGCAGAUAUCUUCUCAAUGACAUGGCAAUUCGUGUCCGCAGGAUCAAUGUACAUUCUGUAUUCAUAGUGUUGUUUUAUAUUGUACAUACAGAUAGAUAUAUGCACAUGAUGUCAUUUAAUUUAAUAGAUGAGAUAAUGCUUGGGGAGUACUAAGGAGGAGAAAUGCCUUUUGACAAAAGGAAGAAAUGGGUUGUUUCCAGCCACGCCCACACAUUCGCUCAUGUUAGCUGUUCAUUCGAGGGUGGAGAGAGAGAACAGGCCAGCCAUGACCUCUCCAGAAUGAUGUGGCCACAGACACGCAGUGUUUAUUUUAGUUCCUCUGACUUUAUACGCUCAUACAAUUCAAUUCCCUUCCACAGACAGCAAUCUUGUUUUCGCUAGCGGCAGUGGUAUCUUGAGACAAGGCCUGUCCAUAAUUCAUACUCAUCUACAAGGAGGUUGGUGGCAUGCUGCAGUUUUUUUAUGCACUCCGCCAUGCACCAGUCUACCUACACACACACACACACACACAAUCAAACAAAACCAAAAGCACGAAUAGUCAUACUUGUUCUGUUCAGGAUAAUUGAGAUGGAUGGAAUGUCGGAAAGUAUUAUGACUGACUGAUGGUGCCCUUCCACCAUAGUUAACAGAACGAUGCAUUGUACAGUGCAUCACUCAUGACACACACACAAAUAAACACGCACAGGGGCUGCUAUGCAUCUCAACACUCUCCGAUCCAGAGGCUUUGACACCGUUUGGAGAGAAACCUGAGAGAAGUGGAGGGUGGGGGAUAACAGCAUUGAUAUCGAGACAGAACUGCAGGCUCUCACAUUUACAUUCCCUGCACUGUCUCUAUAUAGAUGGAGCCUGGUGUAGGGUGGGAUGCUUGUCUUCCAGCUGUUAAAUUCCUUUGGCUUUUUUGAUUUGCUUUCCAGCAACUGGAGGUCUCAGGUGGCAAAUUCCCCAGUUUAUGAGCCCUCGCGUCGCCUCUCCUCUCAUCUGUGCCAGCUUUGUGGACUGACAAACUCACUCGGUUUCCAACAAAUUAAUCUUGAGGGUUUUUUUUUGGUCUGAGCUGUGGUGAUUUUAAGAUGGAAGUUUUCCACCUGUCAGUUUCAACACAACUUGUAUUCUGAUCUACAGUGGCACCACUGUGUAUUGUUAUCAACAUUCUAAGGUACAAUAAGUGAACAAAGAUUCAUGUUAUGAUUAUCCUGCAUUAUAUUAUAGGAAUAUAAAUCUUAUGUAGCCACCGCGUUUUGUGUUCUUAAAGCCGUUUUUCAGAUAAAGCAGUCAAGCAUGGCAAAGUGAAGUUCUGACUUUGUUGAUUGGCCUGCCUCUGGUAUGGGAGGACUCUGAAGUGUUGGCAUUUGGGGUGAAACAGAGGUGGCGAAAGAUGCCCACUUCAGCAAAGAAAAGCAAAGGACGUGCAUGUCGACGCAAAUCGAGAAGGGGAAUGCUUUGCUUUGAUGUAACAUACCUGUAUUCGGCAGAAGAAGAAAAAAGAAAAAAAAGUACAAUUGUAAAUAUACACAGAAACGUUUUAUGAAGCUUUCUUUUUUUUUCUUUUUUUUUUUUUCAUGUACUUUGCACUUUUUGUGUGCUGUUCUCAUCGCCGGUGAGGGUUCUGGGUGGUUGGGUCUGUCUGCUAUGACCUUGUCUGGAUGUCAGAGGUACACAACUCAGCACGGAAAUAUAAGUCACCAUUUUCCUUUUUACUCAUCAUCAUAUUUUCACAGUCGCUUCUCUUUGGUUUUGUAAAGCGGUACUGUUUGUUUUGACAAAAACAAUCCAUGUAAAUAUCACAAGUAAAAAAAAAAUGUAUAUUUUUACGACUUCUGAGUUAUUCAUUUGCAAAUAAAAUAUUCAAUGACAAGUUACACUGCA